AUGGGUCAUUGGUAUGGCUAUGUUACUCCUGAAGAUGUGCCUGAAAUAUUGGAUCAGCAUAUUGAGAAGGGAAUAGUUAUUGAACGGAUUUGGAGGACUCGGAAACCAGAUUGGGAAAGAAAUGAGACUUGGUCGGAUAUGAAUGGAGAAAUCCUGGUGAAAAUUGGCAUUGUUGAGAGAAUAAACCAAUGUGUUUGUUCUUGCUUGAAAAACGUACCUGUUGCUGCUGUCAUCAUUGGUGUAGGAAAGAAAAUGAAUAACCUACUUGUUUAUUUAACUAGGGGUCAAAUGGGGCUAUCUACUGAAGAAGGUGAACAAAAGCUUCCAAAUGGAAAAGAUGAGACCAAGAGCAAUAAGCAUGAAGAAACCAUCACCGAGGCUGCGAGGGACAACGGUGGUAGCUGUUGCCAGGGUGCUAAUGGCUUUUCAUGCUGCAGAGAUGGGAGUUCAGAGAUAAUCAAAGAAAAGAAACUGGAGGAGAACGUCAAAGGGCAUAGAAAGACAGGGCUGGAUAAACUAUCAAGGUGGAUAGGAUCAGUGGAGCAAAGUGAGGUUCUUGCAGCUGUUGCUGUAGUUGGAGCAGUGGCGACUGUUGCAGUGGCUUAUAGCUUUUAUAAAAGGUCAGGCUGA